GACCCGGUGCAGGGCACGUUUAGGGGCUGGUGGGCAGCUUCCCAGCAGGUUGGUGUGCUUCGUGCCUCAGUUUCCCUGUCUGCGAGCAGGCGUGGUGCCCUGAGGGAGGUCCCUCCAGCCCUCCGCCCUCCGUGGGCCGGACUGGGCCAGCACCCAGCGUUGGCCUGCGCUGAGCCCCACCGGGCUCCCAGGCAGCCCCGGCUGAAGCCGCACCAGGAGUCGCUGCUCCGCGACUGGGAGCUGCCCCGGAGCCACCCGGCCAUGGAAGCCACCAACUCGCUGCUGGAUGCCGCGGCGGUCGGGGACCUGGUGCUGCUGGACCCGCUCACCGAGGAGUCGCUGCUCCGCACCCUGCAAGAACGCUUCCGCCGCGGCGACAUCUACACGUACAUCGGGAACGUGGUGAUCUCGGUGAACCCGUACCGGCCCCUGCCCAUCUACACCCCCGAGAAGGUGCAGGAGUACCACAACUGCAACUUCUUCGCUGUGAAGCCCCACAUCUACGCCAUUGCCGACGAUGCCUACCGCUCGCUGCGGGACCGGGACAGGGACCAGUGCAUCCUCAUCACUGGAGAAAGUGGGGCUGGCAAGACAGAGGCCAGCAAGCUGGUGAUGUCCUACGUGGCGGCUGUGUGCAGCAAAGGGGAGGAGGUGGACAAGGUGAAGGAGCAGCUCCUGCAGUCCAACCCCGUGCUGGAGGCCUUUGGGAACGCCAAGACCGUCCGCAAUGACAACUCCUCCCGAUUCGGCAAGUACAUGGACGUGGAGUUCGACUUCAAGGGGGAGCCCCUGGGAGGGGUCAUUAGCAACUACCUGCUGGAGAAAUCCCGCAUUGUCCGGCACGUGAAGGGCGAGAGGAACUUCCACAUCUUCUACCAGCUCCUGGCCGGGGGCUCGGCGCAGCUGCUCCAGCAGCUGAAGCUCCGCCAGGACUGCCGGCACUACGGCUACCUGAACCGGGAGAGCUCCAGCCUGCCUGGCGUGGAUGAUGCAGCCAACUUCCGCGCCAUGCAGGAUGCCAUGAGGGUCAUCGGCUUCUCGCCCGCUGAGGUGACGGCGCUGCUGGAGGUGACGGCCGUGGUGCUCAAGCUGGGCAACGUGCAGCUGAGCAGCAGCUACCAGGCCAGCGGGAUGGAAUCCUGCAGCAUCGCCGAGCCGCAGGAGCUGCAGGAGAUCUGCGAGCUGAUCGGGCUGGACCCCGGCAUGCUGGAGCGGGCGCUGAGCUCCCGCACAGUGAAGGCGCGGGACGAGACCGUGCUCACCACCCUCAGUGUCCCCCAGGGCUACUACGGCCGGGACGCGCUGGCCAAGAACAUCUACAGCCGCCUCUUUGACUGGCUGGUGAACCGCAUCAACACCAGCAUCCAGGUGAAGCCAGGCAAGCAGAGGAAGGUGAUGGGCGUCCUGGACAUCUAUGGCUUCGAGAUCUUCCAAGACAACGGCUUUGAGCAGUUCAUCAUCAACUACUGCAACGAGAAGCUGCAGCAGAUCUUCAUCUUGAUGACCCUCAAAGAGGAGCAGGAGGAAUAUGUCCGAGAGGGCAUCCAGUGGACCCCGGUGGAGUUUUUUGACAACAGCAUCAUCUGCAACUUGAUCGAGAACAGCAAGUGCGGGAUCCUGGCCAUGCUGGACGAGGAGUGCCUGCGGCCCGGCGUGGUCAACGAGGGCACCUUCCUCACCAAGCUGAACCAGCUCUUUGCCACCCACAAGCACUACGAGAGCAAGGAGACACAGAACGCCCGGCGUGUCAUGGACACCAGCCUGCCACCGCAAUGCUUCCGCAUCCACCACUACGCUGGCAAGGUGACCUACAACGUGACGGGCUUCAUCGAGAAGAACAACGACCUGCUCUUCCGUGACCUCUCGCAGGCCAUGUGGGCCGCCCGGCACGCGCUGCUGCGCUCCCUCUUCCCCGAGGGAGACCCCCAGAAGGUCUCCCUCAAGCUGCCCCCCACCGCCGGCUUCCAGUUCAAGGCCUCGGUGGCGACGCUGAUGAAGAACCUCUACUCCAAGAACCCCAACUACAUCAGGUGCAUCAAACCCAACGAGACCAAAGCGGCGAUGCUCUUCACGCCGGAGCUGGUGCUGGCGCAGGUCCGGUACCUGGGCCUGAUGGAGAACGUGCGGGUGCGGCGGGCGGGCUACGCCUUCCGCCAGCUCUACGGCCCCUUCCUGGAGCGCUACAAGAUGCUCAGCCGCCGGACCUGGCCCCGCUGGGCUGGCAGCGACAGGCAGGGUGCCGAGGUGCUGCUGGCAGAGCUGGCGUUCCCCGCCGAGGAGCUGGCAUUCGGCCACACCAAGAUCUUCAUCCGCUCGCCACGCACCCUCUUUGACCUGGAGAGGCAGCGCCAGGAGCGGGUGUCCCAGCUUGCCACCCUCAUCCAGAAGAUAUUUCGGGGCUGGCGGUGCCGGUCCCAGUACCAGCUGAUGCGCAAGAGCCAGAUCAUCAUCUCCGCCUGGUUCCGGGGCCACAUGCAAAAGAAUAAGUACAAGCAGAUGAAGCGAUCGGCGCUGAUCAUCCAGGCGUACGCGCGGGGCUGGAAGUCUCGCCGGCUCCUCCGGGAGCUGAAGCUGCAGCGUCACCGUCACGCAGCUGCCGCCACCAUCGCUGCUUACUGGAGAGGGUACCAGGUCCGCAGGGCGUACAGGAGGUAUUUCCGCGCCGAGGCCAGCGCCCGCCUGGCCAACUUCAUCUACCGGCGGCUGGUGCAGAAGUUCCUGGUGGGGCUGGGGAGGAACCUCCCGCCACUGUCGGUGACGGACCGGACCUGGCCCCCCGCGCCGUACAAGUUCCUGGCCAAUGCCAACCAGGAGCUGAGGAGCAUCUUCUACCACUGGAAGUGCAAGAAAUACCGGGAGCAGCUGCCGCCGCAGCGCAGGGCCCUGCUGCAGGCCAAGCUCUGCGCCAGCGAGCUCUUCAAGGACAAGAAGACGCUUUACCCCAAAAGCCUGCAGCAGCCGUUCCGGGGCGAGUACCUGGGGCUGAAGCAGAACCCCAAGUACCAUAAGCUCCAUGCUGUGGCCAAGGGCAAGCUGGUGAUGGCAGAUACUGUGAGGAAGGUGAACAGAGCCAGCGGCAAGACAGUCCCACGCCUGCUGCUGCUCACCACUGAGCACUUGGUCCUGGCCGACCCCAAAGCCGCCCAGCCCAAGACCGUGCUCAGCCUCAGCGACAUCCGCAGCGUCUCUGUCACCCGCUUCUCUGACGGUUUCCUGGCCCUGCACCUCAAGGAGACCUCCACGGGGGGGGCCAAGGGAGACUUCUUGCUCGUCAGCGACCACCUCAUCGAGCUCGUCACCCGCCUGCACCAGACAUUGAUGGCUGCCACGGCCCAGGCCCUGUCCCUGCACAUCGCCGACCAGUUUUCCACCCGCUUCCAGAAGGGCAACGUGGCCGUCACCGUGGUGGAGUCGGACAAGGCGAGCAGCAACGUCCCCAUCUGCAAGAAGCGGGGCAGCCACAAGAUGGAGGUCCUGGUCCACUGAGGGGACCCCCACCCCCUGCCGGGACCCCCACCCACGCCCCGGCACCCCUGCCCACCCCCCUUGUGUCGCCCCCCCCACCCCACCAGGUCCUUCCACCACCCAGGAAUUGCUGCAAACCCAUUAAACAGAUGCUGUGGUGUCAGUA